GGUCAGAGGUCAAUCUGAGGUGACAUCCUCAAGAACAGUGUCCACCUGUUUUGAGACAGGAUCUAUCAUUGGCCUGGAGCUCAACAAGGAGCUAAACUGGUGAGUUCCAGGGAUUCUCCUGUCUAUGCCUCCCCAGAGCUGGGAUUACAUGCAUGUUUCAUGCAUUCUAACACGACUUUUUGGUAUUGAACUCAGAGUCUAUGCUUGCAAAUGCUUUACAGACUAAGCCAUUUCCCCAGCCAACUAAGUUGGCAAAAUGCAUUUCACCUGCAUCAAGGUUCAUUUGGUAAGGUGACUCCUAGCUAAAGGCAGUGACGGUGUCUAACUAUAGUAUGAGCUUUACAUGUGUAAACUCUUGGCCUGGAGCCUCAUUCUUGCUUUGGAAUUUGAGGGUGUCCUGCUCUACCUUGAUUGAAGAACAGCCAGACUCUGGAUACAAAGCUCAGGCUCUUCUGUGCUGUCCAGCCUGACAGGUAGAUGUGAUCUUUGCAGAGAAAUCCAAUCCCAGGUCGCUUCUGUGGGGAGAGGGGUGCUCAGAAGGACACAGGGGGCCGCCCCCAUGGUUUUCCUAGAGCAUUCAAGAUUUGGGCACUUCGUUAGGGGAGCCCUGCCUCAAUAACAGACAUCACUCCUCCCUUAGCUGUGUCAGGUUGCUCUGUGUGUCACCCCUCACACCUUCUCAAGUCCCAGCAGUGGGGUCUGGCAAGCUAUCGGGAUCUGUCCCGUCCAUCUGCUGCACCUGGUGUCAGGUCCCUGAGGAUGAAGUGCUAGGCAUCCAGACUCCAGGCUUCAUCUCUCUCAAAUGUCACUCAGCAACAAGAAGCCAGUGAACCCUUCCAGCUGCUGCUCUUUCUUCCAGCCAGCUUGCCUCCAUCUCCAUGAGAUCAGCUAUGCCAGCUUUCCUCAUCAGAAGGAGGCCUGCCGACUGUAGACAUCCCGCUGAGAAGGAGGGUGUCUUAGUUAGGGUUUCUAUUGCUAUGACGACACCAUGACCACAGCAACUCUCAUUCGAUGAGAGCUGGCUUACAGUUCGGAGGGUUAGUCCCUUAUUAUCAUGAUGGGAAGCCUGAAGGCAUGCAGGCAGACCUGGUGCUGGAGAGGCAGCUGAGAGAAUUCUACAUCCAGAUUAGCAGGCAGCAGGAAGUGAGAGUGACCCUGGGCCUGGCUUGAGCUUCUGAAACCUCAAAGCCCACCUCCAAUGACACACUUCUUCCAACAAGGCCACAUCUACCCCCAAUAAUGCCACACCUCUCAAUAGCGCCACUCCCUAUGAGCCUAUGGGAACCAUUUUUAUUUAAACCACCACAGAGAGGAUGAGGGCCACUGGAUCUCUGCUUGAAUAAUUUGUUUACUCCUCCCAGCUAGUUCUGCCUUACCUGUGUGUGCCUUGGUAUCUGGGGGAGGAGCUAGAAUACAUAGGUCAAGGGAGGCUAAGGAAAGGGGGCUCCAUCUGCACAGCUAUGGGGAAGCUACCAUCGUUGCUGGGUGAAACUUUCCAGUGUGGCUAACCUGAGAUCCUUCAUGCUCCUGCCAACAACUCCUUUCCUAUGACUGACCCCAGUAAACCCUUGGUUCCUCCGGGUAUACUUUGGUGGACUUAAACUUUGGUUUGUCCUUAGGACCUUAAGAGAGUAGACAUUGUUCACAGCUUCCCCUAAGGGAGGAAUUUUUAACACUUGCCCUCAUAGGCCUUGGAGACCCAGCAGCUACAUACUCUGGCUCAGGAGUGACCAGUAUCCCCACAGGAGGCAUAGACCUUGUGCAACUCUGGUUGGCAUUUUCCAGGAUGUUUGCUGAAGCUGGGAGCAGGAGGGCACGGGGGUGUAUGGCCAUGGGUAAACAGUGAACAAACCCAGAGUCCACAAGCAGCUGAGAGAGAGAUUCCUGGAGUCUUAACGGGGACCUGGUUUCGUUGUUAAUAAUUUUCUACACACAAGGACAAAUGCCUCACUCCUGUUUCUGGAGCUCCCUGAGGGGAGAGGCAGAAACCCUCUCUGCAUUUCCCACAUCGAUGCCUGGAAUUCAGAGGUAGCCCAUUGCCAAAGCAACAGAAACACCUAUCUUGUGUUUGUUCUGAUUCUUAGGGGUCCUGUUGGGGAGUGUCUCAACCUCCCUGGCUUUAAGUGGCUCAUGCUGGGUGGCUGUGGGUUUUCUGUCUUGCCUGGGCUGUACCCUCCUCUUAUCUGUUCUGUUCGUUUUGAGAUGACUUGCUUUUGACAAGGUUUGGGGUAUGUAGGAGAGUUUAGAUGAAGGGGUUGAGAUGUGUAUUUCAAAGUACUUGGGGCCACUUAACCCUGAGGCUGUAACUCGUACAAUGGCUUCCAGUUUGGCUUCAGUAACAGGGAGAUGGCUUCCUGUGGAUGCAGCGUCACCCUUUGCUCGUCUUGGGCAGAGUUAACUAUGACACUAUGUUAGUUACUUCUCUCAUUGCUGAGACAAACACUGGACACAAGCAACUUAAGACCACAGUUUGAGCUUUCCGCCGGGGCACCCAUCUUCCAGUAACUCGCCAAAAUGACGAACACUAAAGGAAAGAGGAGAGGUACUUGGUCUAUGUUCUCUAGACCUUUUAGGAAACAUGGAGUCAUUCCUUUGGCCACAUACAUGCGAAUCUACAAGAAGGGUGAUAUUGUAGACAUCAAGGGAAUGGGCACUUUUCAAAAAGGAAUGCCCCAUAAGUGUUACCAUGGCAAAACCGGAAGAGUCUACAAUGUCACCCAGCAUGCCGUGGGCAUCAUUGUAAACAAGCAAGUUAAAGGCAAGAUUCUGGCCAAGAGGAUCAAUGUGUGGAUAGAGCACAUCAAGCACUCAAAGAGCAGAGACAGCUUCCUGAAGCGGGUGAAGGAGAACAAUCAGAAGAAAAAGGAAGCCAAAGAGAAGGGCACCUGGGUUCAGCUGAAGCGCCAGCCUGCGCCACCCAGAGAAGCCCACUUUGUGAGGACUAACGGAAAGGAGCCUGAGCUGCUGGAGCCCAUUCCAUAGGAAUUCAUGGCCUAAUGUAUACAAAGGAAAUAAAGGACCUGGACUGCAAAGUCUUUUCCUUAGGUUGAAAAAAAAAAAGACCACAGUUUGAGGAUGCAGUGCAUCACGGCAGAGAAGGCACAGUGGCAGGAGCGUGAGGUGGCUGGUCACAUCACAUUCAAAGCCAGGACGCCGACAGAUGAGCACUGGUGUGUAAAAAUCAAGUCCGUUUUCUUCCUCCCAGCUCCAUGCUCCAGAAAUAAGACUCAGACUCAAAAUAUAUUUACAAAUACCUUGGGCAUAUUCCUAAGCCUUUUUCUUAUUAGAUCAUAACUAAAAUAACCCACUUAUUUUAAUGUACAUUCUAUAUUGUAGCUGGUUAUCUGUGGUCAAGUGCCAUGUGUCUGUCUCAUCCCAUCUUCCUGGAGAAUCUUCCUGCACUGGGCUCUAUCCUAGAAUCCUUUCUGCCUCCCAGCUGUUCUACCUCCCAUUUCCUGUCUAAGCCGUAGGCCAUAGGCUUUUUCAUUGACAGGUGAUGCACCCAUACAAUCCACAAGAUAUUCUCUGAACACUGGCACUCAGCUCCCUCGUUUCUGUUCAGCGCAGGACCCCGCUCCACAGAAUGGUGCUGCCAGCACUCAGGGUGGGUCCUCCCGUCUCUGUUAACCUAACUGGGAAACUCUCUCAGGAAUGCUAGGUGAUUCUAGAUACUGUCAAGCUGAUGAUAUUAACCCUCGCAGACCUGGUGCUGCUCUCCCCAACACCUGCUCUUUAGGACAGUCAGGGUCAUCUCAGGUCAAAGGAGCCCUCCAGGUGGUCUCCUUCAUUUCUCUCUCUUUCCUGGGCCUUCACAGUGCCAGACAGGGAAAGUAAUCAUGAUAUUCUCAGGGAGCUCUUGGUUGUUCAGUACCGUGUCAUCUUCAUCCUAGCCUGGAGAGGACAGACGCCAUGACAUCUUCCAUCUUCUGGGGGGGGGGGUAGAUGGAGGCAGAGAACACCGAAUCUGAUAAAGGCCGCAUGGCUGGCAUGGGGCCAGGUAGCCACCACUCCAUCACGAGGAGCCACCUGUCAGCGUUGAUCAGCGCAGGUCUUUUCCUGGGAAGGCUUGCUGGCUUGCUCUUCAGUUUCUAAUUUGAGGGAAGCAUGUUAUUCUCAAACUUAGGGCUGAGGGACUUUGGGGUCUUGGGGCCCUCUUACAAUAGGAUUCAAGGCCCCAGAAAGUGUUUGUGUCUGUAUAUCUGCCUACUGACAGUCCUGUCAGGAAUGGAAGGAGAGAGAUGGGCAUAUAGCCUAGGGAGAGAGUGCUUGCUUAGCAUGGGCAAGGCCUGAGUUAAAUUCUCACCGCUGGAAAAAGAAAGGGGGGUGGUGGAUACAGCCCGGCAGCACAGUGCAUGCCGGGCCCUGCAUUCCAUUCUCAGUCUUGCCAAAGGUUUAAAAAGGAAACUGUAAAAGAGAAGUUAAAGUAUUUAUUAAUAUAUUUUAAUAAUGGCUACUAGCUGUUAACAUAAGUAUUUCCCAUAAUAUAGUAAUUCCAAAGCAAUUCUAUUUUUUAAAUAAAUAAAAAGUAAAAUUAUUUUAUUUAUUAGUGUGCGCGCGUGUGGGUUCUACUGUGUGGGUUCUGGGGAUCAAAACCAAACGAUUCCACUUGGUGGCAGGCACUUUGCACUCUGAGCCACCCUGUGGCCCUGACAUAACUGUCAUAGUUUUGCUGUCAGUUUGACAUACCUGGGAAUUAGGAACACUGAUCCAGUAUUACUUCCAUCAGAUUGGCCUGUGGGCAAGUCCGAGGAGGAUUUUCUUGAUUAGAGAUUGAUGUGGGAGGACCCUGCCCACUGAGGGUACCACACCUGAGCAGGGCUAGAUAAGAAAGCAGGCUGAGGGGUUGGGGAUUUAGCUCAGUGGUAGAGCGUUUGCCUAGCAAGCGCAAGGCCCUGGGUUCGGUCCCUAGCUCCGAAAAAUAGAAAAGGAAAAAAAAAAAAGAAAGAAAGAAAAAAGAAAGCAGGCUGAGCAAGCCAAGAGGAGCAGCCAAUCAGCAGCACUCCCCCCAGCCCCCAUGGUCUCUGCUUCAGUUCCUGCUUCCGGGUUCCUGCCUUGUUGAGUUCCUGCCCUCACUGACCUUCAUGAUGAGCUGUAAGCUGUGAGCUAAGUAAACCCUUCUGACCCCAAGUUGCUGUCAGUCAGCUGGUUUGUAUUACAGCAAAAGGAAGCGAACUAGAACACCAAGUAUUUUCCAAAAGGAAACCAACACUUACAAGAACAUCACUCCAGACUGUUUUCGCAAAGCUUCUCUGUGGCCUGGUUGUGCAGACAGAGCUGGCCUCAUGUCUGCUUCUGAAGCCAUCUGUCUCUGUCUCAGCCCCGCAGCCUCCCACCGUACACAGAGAGUGAGAAUAUCAUUAAAUUAAUUACAUCUUAAUAUUAUUAUGAACACGGCUUGAAAGGGCCAUGGGGAACCCUUAGUGUUUCCUGAACCACACAUUGAGAACCACUGAAGCAUGGGACCAACUUCAAGAACAGGGCCUGGAUUUGAAAGUCAUAUCUGUCGUGUAGGAAUUGGGAGCAAUAAAUUCUCGCCGUUCAAGAGGUAUUUGGGAUUUAGUUGGGGGCUCUAGAUGGCCACCAAGUGGUCCUACCUGAAGAAAGGGUUCCAGAGUCUGGAAUGAUGGGGGAAAGGAGGGACACCUUUCAGGCUACAGAAGGGGGGAGCCUGAUGGAGCCUUUGGAUAGCUAGAAAAUGCAACUGGGCAGUUUUCAAAUAGAGUCAAGGUGGAUGUUGCAAGAAUUUUCCCCACUGGGACUGGGGAGGGGCUGUUUAGGCAACAUCUACCCACUAUCCCCAAAGUCCCAAUGACAAACCAGAGUUCAAUUUUACCAAAACGUACCCUUGGGAAACGAUGAGUUUAUUAAGUUUAUUUACAGGAACAUCGAGGACCCUAAAACAGUCACACUGCAAAGUCUGUGCCUACCAUGGAUAAUGGCUUCUGCACAGCUAUAGAUGGCUACAUGGGCGGUGCCUCCUUCCUAGUCCUUCCAGUAUCAAUCCUUUAGCCCUUCCCAGAGACCUAAGGCCAUGUGCAAGAUAGAGCAAGAAUAGCAUUUGUAACUGCUGGGCCAUUCCUCCAGCCCCAGGUCUUUCUUUAUUCUUCUCUAAAUUUAUUUAUUUUAUGUGAAGAGCACUUGUCUGCAUGUAUGUAUGUAUACUAUGUGCAUGCCUGGGAGGGCAUAAGAGGUCAUCAGAUCCCCAGGAACUAGAGUCAUGGAUGGUUGUGAGUCGCCAUUGGGUGCUGGGAACUGAAUCCUGGUCUUCUGGAAGAGUAGCGAGUACUCUUAACUGCUGAGCCAUCUCUAUCCCUGGGACUUUCUUCCCAAAAGCAUAACCUUAUUAUCAACAUCAUGCACCCAAUCCCACUCAUCCAUGCCCUUUUAUAAUCCCACACAGUAUACCCUUUUGACCACACAUCUUCACUUGCAAAUGUUCAUUGCAAUGAGUCAUUGGUCUGGCUCUAGGCCUCUGACUUCUGUUAUGCUAUCAAUACUGUAUACUCACUGGGUCUCUUCUCCAAUAUCCUGCUGUUGCCCUGUGUCACAGAGAUCCUGCUGCUUUGGAACUUAGGACCAAUUCCUUUAUGCACUUUAGCAGUUCAUCAAUGAUGUUGGGCCGAGCCGACUCAAAACCCUGGAUCUGGGCCUGGGUGGUGGCUGAGCUGUUUAGUUUGCUAGCUCUUCUAUACCUAUACCACUGGGGCAAGAUUUCCAGCACUGCCUUGGCAAGCUCACCCAAUACUGCAGCUGGCAAGGGGCAAAACCAGCUUUCCAGCUCUGCUUUCAAAGCCUUGGGAUGGCUCACAUCCAUCUCCUGCAUCUCCCACAUCUCCCACAUCUCUGCAUCCCCGGCAUUCCCCAGAACUAGGGUCAGUUCUACUGCACUCUCCAGGAAGGGUGCAAGGCCCAUUGUCCCAAGUGCUGCAGCUAUGAGGGUCAGGGCCAGCCCUCCCACCUGCUAUAGAUGGUGAGGGAUAAGGAGGGUAUCUCUCCCUUGCCCAAGCCACCCCUGGGCAGAUGAAAGGUGAGGCCUGCUCUCCCAUGCUCACACCCUCAGGGCCAGCUCACAUGCACCCCUAUCACCAGGAUCAGCUUUACUGUCCGGCCCAGGUGAGGUGCAGGACCCACCCUCCUGAGGGCUACAGCUGCUGAGGGGCAGGGCCAGCUCUCCUGCCAUCAUGAUCCUAGGGGACACCUCCCCCACGAUGACCAGGCAAGGGGUGGAUCCAGCUCCACACAGCCCUCAGAAAUCCACAUGGCCCCAGGAUGCCCUCCUGGACUUUGGUGGUAACAGACCCUGCUGCUGCAAGGGCCACAGACCCAGACAUGGCUCUUGGAAACAGCAUGGGUCAGGACCUCACCAGAGCCUUAGGUGGCAUCUAGGGGUCGUCUUAGGCUUGCUCUGUCUGCUUGGACCACAUAGCACUAGGCUAGUCUUAGGCACGGUCUGCUCAUUUGGGCCCCCUAGCACCAGACUGGCUAUUACCUGAGGCUUGCCUGAAUACCCACCCUUUUAAAAAAAAAAUCAAAUUUGGGGUUGGGGAUUUAGCUCAGCGGUAGAGCGCUUGCCUAGCGAGCGCAAGGCCCUGGGUUCGGUCCCCAGCUCCGGAAAAAAAAAAGAAAAAAAAAACAAAAAAAUCAAAUUUUAAUCUGUUCUUUGACAGUUUUACACAUGUGCAUAAUCCAUCCAGCCAUGCCUUCUCACUGUGUCUUAUCCCCAUCCCAGCCCCUCAGUCCCUGCUCCUCAGGACGUUUCUCUCCCACCUUCACGCCUUGGUUUUGUUUUGUGGCCCACUGAAUUUAAACAGGAUGUCUGUGUGGGCCCAGUGUGGAGCUGUCUGCAGGAGCACGGGAACCCAUCAAAGGCCAAAAGUCUAAAAACAGUGACUCCUCUGCCAGCAGCCAUGACUACCAGUAGCUGAGGACCCAUGAGCUUCUCCCCUCUCCAGAAUUUUAUUCCAUUUCUUUGCCACCUUUACCCUCCAGGGGAGGGCGGGAUAGCAGUGUUGAGAGUGGACAUUGGUUGGUUCUGAUUCUGGAGGUGGUGUCAUCUCUUGCUGUAGGUUUGGUUUUGCAAUAACCUUAUACAGGGCUGAGGAAGUUCACAAGGUGCUGGAUCUGGUCAAAUGCUUUCUCCACUGCCCUGGACAUGGUGAACGUCCCUUUGCCAUUUAUUUGAUUAGUGCGGUGCAUGACUGAGUCCUGUACAUUUUCCUCUUGGGAUUAACCUUGCUCUCCAGGAUUCACUGUCCCCUGUUCCUGCUCCUGAAUAGCUGGGUUUUCCUCAGCUUCUGCAGAUGCAUUCUCAAGAGACACUGGGCCUGCAUGUUUCUUGUGGAAUCAGGUUUGGGACCAGGAUGGUAUUGGCCUCUGGAGAUGAGUUAGGAAGUGUUCAUUUCCAUUCUGGGGGAGACUGAGGAAUCAGCCUGGGGUUUCUUUCUUUUCUUGUCUUUUCUUUUUUCAGUGGUUAGCAUUUGCCGAGAAGCCACCUUGGCCUCAGGUUUUCUUUGUAAGAGUUUUAAAAUUACUGAUUCAGUUUCUGCUCAGUAGAGACCUGCCCAGAUUGUUUCUUUAAAAAAAAAUUUAAAAUUAUGUUUUUGCGUCUGUGUGUGCAGAUGAGUUCAGGGUCAACGGAGGCCAGAGGUGUUGGGUCCCCCGGAGCCAUAGUUACAGGUGGCUGUCAUUUGAACUGCCUAGUGUGGGCACUAGGAACUGAUUUUGUGGCUUUAUCUCUAUUCCCCCGGCCCCAUCCUCACUUUCCGAGUGUGGUCAGUUCAGAGUGCCGUUCUUCCUCUUUUCCAUCACAGGGCAUCCCAACCCCUGUGCUUUCCUUCGGUGGACAAAGGUUCGCCCGCUGUCACAGGCCUCAGACAAGUACCUUUGCCCUCCUUGAUCCUUUGUGGUUUUCUGAUCUAAACUGGAUGGGUUUUGCUGCGACUGAAUUGUUUCUGUUUCUGCUGAGCUCUUGAUCUCCGUUUGCCUUUCUUUUUCUAUACCAGUUGGAUAUAAGGCUGCCACUGAGGUGAGAUAUUUUUCUAGCAGCAAUUUUUGGUGUUGGGUGUUUAGCCGUUGCUAGUCAGGCAUUCUGCUGCAGGGCUGUGUCUCCGGCCUCCAUCUUCCUCUUCAUGCAGACGCCCCAGAGCACUGCUGUGCUGAAUCCCCCAUGUUUUGUGUGAAUGGGGUGUCAGAGGCGACACAGCUCUUCUUGAGGUCCACAACUCUGAUCUCAGCACUUAGGAGGUGGAUGCAAGAACAAUCAAGAGUUCUAAGUCAUCCUCUGCUACGUGGUGAGUUCGAGGCCAGUCUGUGAUGCCCAACCUCAAAGCAAGCAAGGGGAGCUGGGGAGAUGGCUCAGUGGCUAAGAGCACAGACUGCUCUUCCAGACGACCUGGGUUCGGUUCUCAGCACCCACAUGGCAGCUCACAACCAUCUCUAGCUCCAGUCUCAGGGGACCUGAUGCCCUUUUCUUGUCUCCAUGGAUGCUGCAUGGAUGUGGUGCACAGAGAUACAUGCAGACAAAACACCCAUACAUGCAAAAAUCAAAGUAAAUUUUGAAAAAGGUUUAAAACCAAGCAAGCAAGCAAACAAUCAGAAACCUCCACUUAAACCCCAAAUCAAAUUUAAAUUAAAGAUAGAAACCAUGGCACUGUUUUAUUAGAGCAGCUUCACCAUUUAAUUUCCUCAUCAGCAAUGUCUGCAUGAUCCAGUUCCAUCCAGUUCUUCCACCUUCUUGAAAACAGACAGCAUUAAUAUUUUGUAUUUUAUCUGUCCUCACAGGAGUAGAGUCAGGGCUGAUUUUACUUAGUGUUUUGGCUAUAAGGACAUUUUAUCAGUAUAUAUUCAUAGUGAGUGAUGGAUGGGCUUCAUAAAGAUGCCCAUUCAACUAUGUUGACCAUACUCUCCCCAUCCCCCUACACACCCCUUUCCUCUUUUGUCUCCUACAUUCUCCUUCAUUUUCUCAGAGAAUCAUUUUAGGAUUCCCUUGUGAGAGAAAAACAGGCCGGUAUCUUUCUAAACCUGGCUUAUUUAGCCUCAUAUGAUAUCCAAUCACAUGUAAUUUCUAUUUCUCCUACAGUGGAUAUUUCAUCUUUCAUUAUAGCUGAAUAAUACUCCAUCAGGCGUCGGAUGGAGCUGGUCCCAUAUCAUACUGUGCAGGAGUCUCCGGUGCUGAUUCUGACUCCAUCCCUAACUUUCCCAGGGGUGGCAUUUGUAUUUUUGACAGCUGGGAAUGAACCAGCUUCAUGGGCUUAUAGCUGUCUAUGUCUUCCUUUGUUAAACAAUCCCAUUUCCUUCGUUCUGCCCUGGUCAUGGUUUGGGGUUUCACUGAUGAGUGCUGAGCACUCUGUGAGUCAAGUGUGUGGUUUGCAAAUGUUCACUGUGGUCUCUGUCUUUGUCCCUUCAUCAGGCCUGUUGAGAGCGGGGAGGCUUUGAUCUCCCUGUAGUCCUGCCUAGGCCUCUGCUGUUUGCAGGAGUUCAAGCAGGUGCUGCCUCAUCUGCACCCUGAAGAAUUCUUCCUAGUUUUACUAAAAGCUUCAUGGUUUCAUAAAAGGCCAUCAAACAUUUUCAAAAAAAUUCUGUUUGACACUUAUUUUUCCUGUGGAUAUGUAACUUUCUCAGCAUUGUUGGCUGUAAAUGACCCUGACUCACUGAAUUGUCUAUAGCCUGGGAACCAGCUCUGUGUGUGUGUGUGUGUGUGUGUGUGUGUGUGUGUGUGUGUACAUGUGUACACUUGUGUAAGCUGAUGAUCUAGCCCAGGGAUCCCCUUGUGUUAGGCAAGCUAGAGAGCUAGGCUCAGCAGUUAAGAGCUCUAGCUGCUCUUGCAGAGGAUCUAGGUUCAAUUCCCACCACGCACAUGAUGUAUCACAACUGUUUUUAUCUCCAGUUCCAGGGAAUCUGAUGCCCACUCCUGACUUCUGAAGACACUGUACACACAUGGUAUGCAUACAUACAUGUAAGCAGAACACACAAACACAUAAAGUAAAAAUCUUUAAAAAAUAGGUAUGUGACUUUUUAUCAUUGUGUAGUCAGAGCACACCUUCUAGACUAUUUUUAUUGAUUUAUACCUAAGAAUUCAUUUUUUAUAUUUAUCUGUUUAGUUCAUGCUGGGUGGGAUAGGUAUGCAUGUGGAAGUGAGAGGUCACUCGGGGAAUCAGUUCUCUCCUUCCAUCAUGAAGGACCCUGGGGUUGAACUCAGGUCCUGAGGUUUGGCAGCAAGCACCUUUACCUGCUCAGCCAUCUUGCUGUCUCCUUAAGCAUUUCUUUUCUUUCUUUCUUUUUUUUUUUUUUUUUUUGGAAAAACUAUGUAACAUUGUAU